CCUAUCCAGGACCUGGCGGGGUGGGACCUCCGCUGCUCCCACGCCAAGCCGGCUGCCGGACAAUCCCCACUAACAAGUCCAGGGGCGACGAGACGAGCAGAUGGAGAGACUCGACAACCUGUUGACAACACCAUGACAUAGACCUACAGCUCCCAAGAUAAGCCCAUUCACUUUUUUUUGAUUUACGUUUAUUAUAAGUGCGCUGUCUGUGUACGCCGCCCCUCUGGGAGGAGGAACGUGUCGGUCCUGACAAGUUAAGUUUUCAAAGCUUCUUACCGCGAAAGUGAAACAGCGGUGUGUGACAUGUUGUUUUCCCACACGAGUUCUGCAGCAGCCUACUGUACCGGACACACUUGGAAGGAUUCAAACUCGGAAAUAAAAAAAGAAACGAAUGGAGAAGAUGACACAUGCGAAGUUGUUCUCGAAGCCCGCUCUUGCCAACGCUCGUUGGGUUCAAUGGAAAAGUGAAGUUUGGACGCUUCGCCACAAUACGGAGAGCAGCAGGUGACGCGGACCCGUGCAGCGGCAGAAGCAGCCCCGCUGAAAGACUCCGGGCUGUACCGUCACCAGCGGUUUCACAAAAGGGACCAGUGAAAUGGUUUCGAGUUGUCAUACAAACUGGAAAGACAUAACUUAAAGGGGACCUUUUCUUUUUUUUUUGGUCUUUGAUUCUUCAACGACAACAAACCAACAUGCAACUGUUGAGUUUACUGUGUGUCAUGGUUGCGUUUUGGAAGUCGUGCUUGACCAACAGGAGCUGUCCGGAUCUGAUCAUUGACAGCUGUCACUGCCCCGCUGAGAGGUCAAAGCAAUUAAGCAGACUUCCGGUUCGCAUCAAAGUGGUGUGUGAUGAUGUGGAGUUAAUGGAUACAUUACAGCCCAGCUUUCUGCCGAACCAAACUGUCGCCCUGAUCCUGAGCAACAACAAGAUCUCCCUCCUGAGGAACGGCUCCUUCUACGGGCUGGCUGCCCUGGAGAAGCUGGACUUGAGGAAUAAUUUGAUAAGCACAGUGGAGCCGGGGGCUUUCCGAGGUCUAGUGGCUUUGAAGAAACUGGACCUCUCCAACAACAGGAUCGGCUGCCUCUCCGCCGAGAUGUUCCUAGACCUAGGAGCCCUCUCCAAACUGAAUCUAUCUGGAAAUAUUUUUUCCACGCUGACCGUGGGGCUGUUCUCUCACCUGGCUGCUCUCAAAGUGCUCCACCUGGCCUCCGAGACGCUGUACUGUGACUGCCAGCUGGAGUGGCUGCUCCUGUGGGCCAGGGCCAACGCGGUGAGGCUGGGGAACGACACCGUGUGCAGGUACCCUACCCACCUGCACGGCCUGCAGCUCCGCCACCUCAGAGAGCAACAGCUCCGAUGCGACGGGGCCCUGGAGCUGCCCCUCUUCCAGCUGAUCCCCUCCCAGAGGCAGCUGGUGUCCGGGGCGACCGGCUGCCCCUACAUGCACCCCGCCUCCUACCUGGAGCCCUCGGCUCAGCUGCAUUGGCGCCACAAACGGUCGCGCCGUGGCCACGCGAGGGAGCGCGCCAUCUACCUGGAGGACACGCUGCUGAGGACCUGCUGCCUGCUCACCAGUGAGAUCUUCCUGUCCAACAUUGACGUGGGCGUAGCUGGCGUCUGGGAGUGCCAGGUGAUCAGUUCCCGUGGAAACAGGUCCCGUCAGAUGGAAAUUGUCGUGGUGGAGACGUCAGCCACGUACUGCGCAGCCGACAGAAUGAGCAACAACAAGGGGGACUUCAGGUGGCCGAAGACCCUGGCCGGCAUCCUGGCCUUCCUGCCCUGUGCCCCGUCUAUUGGCUCUGCGCCACACCCGGCCGGUCACGCCCCCGCCCGACACAACCCGCAUCGUCAGCAGCGUCCCCCCCCCCAGCGGGCGGCCCCCCGGCCAGAGAAGAAGGCGUGGCGGCGGUGCGACCGGGCAGGCCGCUGGGCCGAGGAGGACUACACCCAGUGCCCCUACGCCAGCGAGCUGACCCGUGCGCUGCACGAGAUUGCCAAGAUGACCAUCAACGCCAGUAACGCUAGGCCCUUGGGGCAGCAGUUGGUGGCGCUCACCAGCAGGGCGGCGCUGUUUACCGACGUAAUGGACGUCAUCUUCGUCACGCACCUGGUGGAGAGGCUCACCCGGCUGGCCGAGAAGCACAGAGAUCUGGGGGGCUACGUGUGGGACAUCGGCAGCAACAUGAUGCUGGUGGAGGAGCACGUCCUGUGGAUGGCACAGAACGAGGCGCGGGCCUGCACCCGCAUCGUCCAGUGUGUGGAGCGCAUCGCCGACAUGGCUCUGACCACGGACCACCAGGUCGUAUCCAAGGUGUCUGCGAACAUCGCCCUGGAGGCCCUCAGCGUGCGCCCGGCCUCCUCCCCGGGUCUGUCCUGCGUGGUGAUCCAGCAGGCCGUCUCCCCUCCUCCUCCUCCUCCUCCCCACGCCCCCCGCCCCAAUGGUAACCGCCGCCGCCAGCACUCCCAGCGGGACGUGGGCGACAGAGAGCCGGACCCCGAGGAGGCGGCGGGCUCACUGCUCAGCAUCCAAUGUCACGUGCUCAACGGAAGCAGUCUGCCCCCGCCGGCCAAUCAGCUGGGCAAGAACUCAGUGGCAGUCGCCUCGAUCCAUGUACCGCUGGCUGCUCCGCCUGUCUCCUCCGCGGUGCAAUCUGUUGAUAACUCCACUUGCAAGCUGCAGUUUAUUGUCUUUCGCAAUGGGAAACUCUUCCCUUGCACGGGGAAUUCGUCAAAUCUUGCAGAUGACGGGAAACGUAGGAGCGUUUCAACACCAGUUGCUUUCACCAAAUUAGAUGGGUGCAUCCUCGGAACCGCCGUGCAAUCCGUUACCAUUAAUCUCAGGCACUUCGCACUGGGUGUAGACCCCACUGCCGCCUACUGGGAUUUCGACCUACUCGAUGGGCACGGUGGUUGGCGGGCAGAGGGGUGCCACAUAACUGGCUCCGCGGGCAACACGACCACCAUUCAUUGCACUCAUCAUAAUAACUUUGCUGUGCUAAUGGAUCUGAAGAAGGUGCUGUCGUUCCCCCCGUACCCUGGGGAGUUUCUGCACCCGGUCGUGUAUGCCUGCACGGCGGUCAUGUUGCUCUGCCUCUUCGCCUCCAUCAUCACCUACAUUGUACACCACAGCGCGAUCCGCAUCAGUCGGAAAGGAUGGCACGUGCUUCUCAACUUCUGCUUCCACACGGCUCUGACCUUCGCUGUGUUUGCCGGUGGCAUCAAUCGAAUCAAAUACCCUAUCAUCUGUCAAGCAGUGGGCGUGGCACUCCACUACUCCACCCUCUCCACCAUGCUGUGGCUGGGGGUGACGGCCAGGAACAUCUACACGCAGGUGACCAAGAAGCCCCCCCAGAGCCAGGACGGAGCCCCGCCCCCCGCUCGCUCCCGCCAGCCCCUCCUUAGGUUUUAUUUGAUCAGCGGUGGGGUGCCCAUCAUCAUCUGCGGGGUCACGGCAGCUGUCAAUAUAGACAACUAUGGCAGUGGAGAGCAGGCGCCAUACUGCUGGAUGGCCUGGGAGCCGAGCCUGGGCGCCUUCUUCGGCCCGGUGGCGCUCAUCGUCCUGGUGACGUGCGUCUACUUCCUGUGCACCUUCAUCGUGCUCCGCCAGCACCCCGAGAGGAAGUACGAGCUCAAGAGGCUGUCGGAGGAGCAGCAGCGGCUGGCCGCCGUCGACAUGCCCACCCACUGCCACCAGGGGGCCGAGCCGGGGGCCCCGGGCGGCGCGGGGGCGGGGCCCGGCGGCGGGGGGGGCCACUGUCCCGCCGGCUGCCCCGGCAUCCCCAUCAACCCGGCGCUGCUGGCCAACGAGCACUCCUUCAAGGCCCAGCUGCGUGCCGCCGCCUUCACCCUCUUCCUCUUCCUGGCCACCUGGACGUUCGGCGCGCUCGCCGUGUCCCAGGGCCACUUCCUGGACAUGAUCUUCAGCUGCCUGUACGGCGCCUUCUCCGUCACCCUGGGCCUCUUCAUCCUCAUCCACCACUGCGCCAAGCGCGACGACGUCUGGCACUGCUGGUGCUCCUGCUGCCCCGGUCACCGCGGCAACAACAACGGCGGCGGAGGAGGAGGGGGAGGGGGAGGGGGAGGCCCCGGCCGGGGGUCGUGCGGUCAGGCGAGGCCGAAGGUGGCCAACGUGAACGGGGACACCCCGGGGCACGGGCACGGCCAUAAACACUGUCACCACGACGCGGCGUGCCCGGGCAAGGCCCUGCUGGGCUGCGGCCACUGUCCGCACGCCCUGCCGGCGGCGCAGAACCACGUGACGUGCCUGGCCCCCGUGGCGGUCCCCUGCUGCGCCGCCCUGCACAGCCAGCAGCUGUGCGAGGAGGAGCCGGCUCCCACGCACGUGCUGCUGCACGCCGACCCCGAGGGCUACCGGCCGGGCAUCCACCUGCACCCCUGCCUCAAGAGCGGCUCCAGGACUAAGGGCCGCCCGUUCGGCCGCCACCAGGCCGCGGCGGCGGCCGGCGACAAGGAGUACGCCUAUCACAUUCCCUCCAGCGUGGACGGAGGCAGCGUGCACAGCUCGCACACCGACAGUCCCCACAGCACACACGAGCGCCACGUGCACGUCUGCCCCCACCUGGCCCUGGAGGGCCCCCUGGAGGGCCACCACGCGUGCCACGCCGCCGCCGCCGCCGCUUCAGCGCACGAGGCGCUGUCGUGCCACAACCCGUGCCACCGGCACAUCUGCUGCGCCAAGGCAGACCUUUUCCCGGCCAUGUGCCACGCGGAGGCCGGCGACACGGCCGGCACCUUCCUGUGCGGCUGCGGCAAAAUGGCGGAGGACGACCUGAUGCCGCCGCCGGCACACCAGCAGCAGCAGCACCUCGAGAUGCACGCGCCGCCGCGCAGACAGUCCUUCCCCCAGAACCCCCCCAACCAGAACGGCAUCCUGAAGGGGGGGCUGCACGAGGGGCUGCUGUUCGCCUCGGACGGCACCGGCAAUAUACGCACCGGGCCCUGGAAGAAUGAAACUACUGUGUAGUGCUGUGUGGGGAGACGGAUGGCGAGCUCCGGGUCGAGAAAACACAAAAGGAUGAGACCUCCCGUCCGCCCAGCCCCUUCCUUUAGGAUUCAAAUCAUCCGUUUCUUUUGGUUUCAUCGUUGUUGCGUUCCUCGUUUGUCCUGUUUUACUGUAUAGAAAUAUGGCGUCUACAUUCUGGGUCGCCCCACACAGGGUAGCUCUACAAAGGACAAGAUAUCCUUCUUUUAAGAAUAAUUUGUAAAUGUGUGUCACAUCAUGCGACGAGGCGUUAUUGAGAGUGUGUUUGCCACCUCGUAAUGCUACGGAUAUAUAUAGAUAUAUAUUAAUAUAUACAUAAGAAAAACGAGUGGUCGAUUGCGUAUGAAUUUGUGUGUUAGUGCUCAUAUGCAACUCUGCAAGGUCAUUUUUCUAAACUUUAGAUCUGAAUCCAUCGACUGGUCUGUACCUCCAGAACUCUCCAGAAGAAGAUAAAGUUGUGACAUUCCUGUGUUAGACAACUAAACCAGCAAUUUUCAAACACCACUAUUACAUUGUGAAAAUUAAACGCAAAUGGAAAAACGAGAAGCACUCCCCAAGGUUGAUGUUGAUUGUGAUGUCUGUAUGAUGUUAUUUUUUAAGAGAAUUAAAUGACAGUAUCAAUGACGGGUAGAUUUGGUUCCGUUCCACAUCAGGAGAACUAAUUAUAUGUCAUUAUACUGCAAUGUUUAUUUCUACACUGUGCAAAAUAGAGCCAGGUCUUCACAGCGAGUUCAUCGCCAAACUGUUGUGCCAUUUUUUUCUCUUCCACUCGAAUCAUGCGAGCAACUAGACAUUGUAAAUCAAUAUUUGAUGAAUUGUCAAUCAUUACCCGCUGCGGAAUUUAUAUUUGUAAAAAGCUACACUUAACAGUUUUACAAUAAAAGUGUUAUUAUCAGUGUGCCAAAAAACAAACAUUAA